AUGAAUAGAAUUUGGAGCAAUCAUAGUCGUGGAUUGAAUAUUCAAGAAAAUAAUGAUUAUAGUCUACUGCCCCCAGCUCCUCCUAAGAAAGUAAUAUUAAAAGAUAUUGGUAUACGACCACCACCAUUGAAGUUAGUUCCUGUUGUAUCUUCUUUAUUAUCUCACUCAACAAUGAAAAAGAGGCCAGCACCACCACCACCACCAUUGAAGUUAGUUCCUGUUGUAUCUUCUUUAUCAUCUCACUCAACAAUGAAAAAGAGGCCAGCACCACCACCACCACCGCUACCAUUGAAUUUGGUUCCUGUUCUGUCUUGUUCAUCAUCUCAGUCAAUAAUAAAAAAGAGACCGGCACCGCCACCACCAACUAAUUCAAGAGCUAGCUUCAACACUUAUUAUGAUUUUAAGAACAACAAUUGA